CGCUUGCGCCCUGGUAUCGGUGCGAGUGGUCGGCGUCAGGAGCAGGGCAGGUAGGGCCUUGCUGGUUUUUAAUCCUGGGCUUAUUGUGGCUUUCCCGCCGGGGACGAAAAAAAAAGAGGGAAACCAGCACGUAAAACUAACUUCAGAUUUGCAUGUUAGAGGUGACUGACAGCCCAGCUCCAAUCUAAUUGGGGGGCGGACUACGGAUGCUGGAAAUCAGAAACAAAACAUAAAUUGCUGGAAGAACUCAGCAGAAAAUCUAUCAAGAUGCUGUUUGCGAAGACAACGGCAUCUUUCACGGCUCUGCGGUGUAUACGUUCUCAUGUUUGCCGCAGAAAUUUUUGGGGAUGGUUGAAUGCUGUUUUCAACAAGGUGGAUUAUGAUCGUAUAAAGGCUGUUGGUCCAGACAGAGCUGCAUCAGAGUGGUUACUUCGUUGUGGUGCUAGUGUGCGUUACAAAGGCUUUGAUAAGUGGCAGAAAGAUUACAAUCACCUACCCACUGGCCCAUUGGAGAAAUUCAGAAUUGAAGGAAUUGAUGCCACUGAAUCAUGCAUUAUGUUCAAAGGAUUUGACUACCUGGAUGAUCUGGAGUAUGUUGAAGAAAUUAAAUUCCAAAGGUGUAUGUACAUUCAAGAUGAGUGUCUUGAGAGAUUAGGCGGGAUAGAAAAUUUGCAAAAGAGCCUGCAAUGGCUGGAAAUUAUUUCCUGUGGAAACGUCACAGACCGGGGAAUCAUAACUCUUCACCACCUUAAAAACCUAAGAUAUUUGUUUCUGAGUGAUCUUCCUGGCAUAGAAGAAAAAGAAAAAACUCUUCAGGUUUUAAUAACAGCUCUACCUACCUGCGAGAUUAAAGUUGAUCUUUAGAACUACAACUUACAAAUUUGUGUUGUCUAUAUACAAUGCUACUUUGAAAAUAACGACAAAAAUGACAUUAUCUGCAAAAAGGGCUCAUGCUUUUGCAGUAUUUAAACAUCAGAAUGUGUUAGCCACAAAUGUGCUCACUGAAGUUUUCCAAGGUGUUUUAAUCUAAUUUGUGAAACCGAUUUGAGCCUUUAAAUUGAAAAUACUUCAUCUAUAGUAAUUAUCUAUUUGUCAGCGCUAUAAAAUGUCCAUGAAUCAAGACGGUAAAAGUUGCAAUAGUAUUUAAAGUACAUAAUUUAUAAUUCUGAAAAUAUUCAAACAUUAAUGCUUUACAUUUUAGUAUAGGGAAAAAACCUUCCCCAUUGGCCAUUAUUUCAAAAUACCUUCAUCUAAAAUGUCUGUAUAAUUCAGGAGACUACGUUAUUUUUCACUUUGUAGUUUCUGUAUUUAUUUGUAUUUAUAAUAAUCAACAUUUUUGAUGUAGAGCAGUGUACACAUAGCUAUAGAUGAACUGGAUGUGCAAUUUAUUCCAGUACUAACAGAUUUGUGGCUAAGUAUACAAUAUAUAGAUCGAGAUUUUCAAAUCAA